AUGGGGGUCUUCACAAUUAAUAUUACCAAGGAGCUCGUUGAUCGGCUUGCUGGUUCUGAUGAGAAAGUAAUGAAGAGAACAACAAAUAAACCGAGACAAAAGGUACCAAAACAGCCUCGCCCACCUCCUCAACCCAAGGUGAAUGUGAAGCAGCUGCGCGAUGAUGAUCCUAAUCCUAGAAAGUUGUUGCUGCCGCCACCAGCUUCUGCCGGAUGGCCAGUUCUCUUGCCGGUUCAACCACUUGUUCGCCCCGCCAGUGCUGAACUGGAUGCAAUUCAAUCGGUGGUUUUAGAGAGUGAGAAGGUUCUUGAGAAGUUGCAGAAGCAGGAGGAACGCAUGGUGCAAAAGGUAACCGAGAGAGCCAAAGAUCUGCACGGCAAGGAAUUCAAGCUCCCGUACCAGAAGCCAAUGCCUUGCAUGCCUGACUACGAAGCUUGCAGGGCGUGCUACAAGGAGCAUAUUAACGAUAUCCUCAGGUGCAGCUCUCUCACCAAGAACUAUUAUGAAUGCGUUCAGAGAGUAAAGCAGCAAGCAGGAUAUGGAGAUAAGUGA